AUGAUUCUUGGUGUCGGUGACGGUACGUUUGCCAUUCUUUUUGUUACCGUAAUUGGAAUUAUUGUAACGCUUAUUGGAUCAUACGUACAGCCGCGUUUGGCGCUGCCCAUCGGCCUGGUCUGCUUUUUGUUGCCGUUUCUUCUCUACGCGUGUAUCCUCUCCGCCCCGCACGGCCGCCUGCCCCCACCGCUGCCUGACACACCGUACAAUAGAGAGCGACGGCUCCCGCCGGAUGCAGUUGUGGUGGAUCACCUUCUCCCUGUUCGCAUUGGGGUGAUGAUCCUUCUCUUUCUUGCGUUCUUUGCAGCGGUGGGGUACCAUGUCCUUCUUGUCAUCUGGGAGCCGCCGUAUAAGGCGCCGAGGGUGCGGUGUCUACGGGAGCAACUGAAGGAGUUGCACCCGACGUGGUAUCGGUGA